UCACCAGGACUGGAAUACCAUGUUUAACAACUGGUUAGUAGCAAGGAAAACCAUAGCCUCUGGGAGCAGGAAAUGCCUCUUCCAGUUUCCUUGUGGACACCUUUAUUAGCAUUUGCCUAUAUUCUGUGAAAAAAGAAGAAAUAAAAUCACUCUGCUUUUCAAAAUGCUUACCAAAAAGAAAAAUAAGAAAGAUGGUAACACUGAACCAGAAAAACUUGUGAAUUCCACCAUCAUGACAAAACCGUCCAGAAAAGCCCUUGAACAGUUUGUGACCCCUAAGCUUGAAACCCCAGUCUCAAUAGAGGAGGUCAUUCAUAGGAUUCAGCAGGCCCAGCAACAUAGAGCAAGUGAGGAGAUUAAUAUGCAAGUGAAUGAAAUAAUGGCCAAUGUGCAACGGAUAAUAAAUCGCUACGCUGGUGGUGAAAGCAUACACUCUGGGAGGAAAAUCUCCAUUACAGAACACAAAAGACGCAGAAAUAGUUUUCUGGAAAAAAUAGUACAAUGUAUUAAGUCUGCUGAAGUGACAGAAAAGACUCUUGUCUCCCUCCUGGCCUGGUUGGAAGAAUGGAAUAGCCUUUUGUCUGAGAUGACUACAACUGAUAUUGGCGAAUACCACCACUGCGUAGCACAAAUGGAGAUUUUACCAGAGACGUUCAAAACCAUUGAAAACAAUGUCACAAUACUGACUAGAAUUUGUAAAUCUUUGCUCGAAGAUAAGAGAAGACAUAAGAGAAAAAUAACAAUUAGAGGUACUCUAUGGAAACCUUGGAAAGAAAGAGUUAUAAAGCGACCUGCAGCAGCCCAUGCUUUAAAACCAGAUCAGAUGAUUAGUGAUGAAUUUACAACAUCUACAAAGAUUUCAGAAAUCCAUGAUAUGCUACAAGAACUCAUAGGCACUUCAAUGUUCAGUAAAUUAGAAAAUAAUGCUAUUAAAUAUAUAUCAUCAACAAUAUCAAACCUUUCUAAAGCUUUGCGUAUACUAAAUGAUGAAAUAAAAAGUGUUAACAUCCAAAGUGACAAUGUAUAUGUAGAAGAGGAAGUUGAAAAAGAAAAAGACCUACUCCUGAAGAUGAUAAAAGAUCUCAGUGAAAAUAAUGAAAUACUUAAGCAGAAACUUCAAAUUGCAGAAGAAAACUAUGAAAAACUUAUUCAAACCAAAAGUGCUAUAGAAUACCAAACACUGUCUGGAUCAAAUUUGAAAGUGUUACCUGAGUCUGCUCCACAGUCAUCCAUGGGCACUAGGAAAACUGACAAAAGAGAGAGUACAGACAUCACAUCGGUCAAACAACUUGACAAUAUAGAUGAGGCCCAAAGAAGAGAGACUAAAAUCUCUGGUAUCAAGUGGGACACAGCUUUUUCACAUACAUCCACAGAUGAAAUGGCUCCAGAUUUAAUUGACCGGCAAUCCAUUUUACAGAAAACAUCUUCCCAUGCUAUCACCAAAGACAGCACUGAAGACAUGAAAUCAUUGAAGAAAGGGUAUGUCUCUGAGAAAGAUAGAGCUGAUCAGCUUCAAUCACAGAAAAGAAAGGAAAAGAGAGCCCAAUAUGUACAUGAGAUGUUUGGAUCAAAUCUGAGUGAUAAUAAAGGUGAACAGAAAGACUCAAGAACCAAAUUUGAUCAACACCUGGAGUUACAAUCCCUGGAAAAGAAGAGAAAGGAAGUAAAAUCCUAUUAUGAAGACAAAUCAAAGUUACCUGAGUCAAAAAGUAAAUUUUUUCCUGAUGAAAUUCUUUCUACCGAUGUCCCUUCCACUUACACCAAGAGUGAAGCUGGCAGAGGUGCAACAAGUAAUUUGUGGGAACGGCUCAAGACAGCCAAACUUGAACGUCAACUUGACAAAAGCCAAGUUUCUUCAGAGAAAAAAGAGGAACUCACUUCUGAGUCAAUGGACAGCGAGAGAACAAGUGGGAUGAGUAGCCAAGCAGGGCCAUUCAUGUCGACCCAACUUGAUUCUUUCUCUGAGAAAGAGAAAACAAAAGGAAAGAAGGUCCAAGUCUCCCCAAGGACAAGCACAGGCAGAGAAGGAAAAACUGAAGAGAAAGACCUAUCAGGUCUCACCAAGAAAGUCAAGCCUCAUGAAGUUCGUAAAUCACUAUCUCAGAAACUUAAAGAGGCUUCAGAAUCUACCAGCGUUCUAAAAAGUCCAGAGGGCAAAAGUGAACAGAGUAAUGUAGAGGAAUUUCAGAAAGCCAUAAUGACUUUCCUAACAGAGAAAAUUGAUAACAUAGGAAAGCCUUUGGAUAAAAAAACUGUGCCAAAAAAAGAGUUAUUAAAAAGAACAGAAUUUGAAAAUGUGGGAGUCAUAAAAACAAAAAUGGAGGAAUAUUUUCAAAAAGUGGCAGAAACUGUGACAGAAGUCUUGAGAAAAUACAAACAUAUGAAAAAAACAGGAGAGUUGACAAAGAAACCUAUACAGGGGAAAAAGGAAGUCUCACAUAAGCCAGAAAUGCAUUUUCAGAAGCCAAUUAGUGAAACGUCUGAAAUUAGAACCUUACUCUCGCCAUAUGAAAGCAUGGACCCAGUAGCUGGCAAUUUAAUACAAAUGAUCUUAGCUGAAAUAGAAAGUGAAAGAGAUGUUACAGUAGCCUCAACAAUAGAGACAGACCAGAAGAAGAAAAAACAAAGGCAAGAGGAUUAUUUGCAAGAGGAUGAAGAACAAAAAAAUGGUCACAAAUCAAGUCUCAAAUCCCAGUUGCAGGAAGUAAGUAACCUCCGGGGAAAGAGCCAUGAAAUGAUGAAUUUGGAGUUGGAAGAUACACGGUUCCAGAUGAAGGAGGGAAAGCAAAGGCAACAGAAACAGAAACAGUGGCAGGAAAAGGAGUUGGAGAAGGAACAACAAAAGGAGAGGAUGCAAAAGCAAAGGGAAAAGGAGGAAGAACAGCAUCAGAAGUCAGAGCAGCAGCAGCUGGAAGCAGGGAAGCAAAAAAGGCAAGAGGACGGGGUUCUGCUGGAGAAGGCACAGCAGAUGAGGUGGGUUCAGAAGAAAAUGAGACAUAUGGAGAAGGAAAGCAGCUGGGAGAAACUGGAGGAAGACCAGAAGUCAAAGAAAAAGGUAGAGGGCCAUGGAAGGCAGAAGCAAAAAGAAGCAAUGGAUCAGAUUAGGAUUAAGAAGGAAAAAUCUGAAUCAGAAUACACAGUCUCAAAAACUUCAGAAACAGUGUCUCCCAGAGGGGAAACACAGACGGACAUAUCCCAGUUAUAUCAGAGAAAUGAGCCCGAAGGGAAUCUUAGGACAAUAGAGAUAAUUGCUGAUGGAAAGCCCCCCAAAACAAUCGCUCCUUCCUCUUUCAAACAAUCCUUCCCAUCUGGGGCCACUUCUACUUAUGGACAGAACAUCUCACUCACCCCUGAACAGGCCCAGGCACUGGGAAUCAUUCUUACCCCUGAGCAGGCCCAGGCACUGGGGAUCACUCUCAUCCUUCAGCAGGCCCAGGCACAGGAGGUCAGUCUCAUCCCUCAGGAAGCCCAGGCUCAGGGGAUCAGUGUCACCCCUCAGCAGACUUUCUCUUCUCAGAAAGAAUGGGCAUUGGGCAAUACCCCAAUCUCUCAGAUGUCUCAAGGUUUGGGAGUACCCCAUACAAAUGAGCAGGCAGAGAUAUUUGAAGUGCCUGUUAUCCAAGGAGAGAUCAAAGCACAAGAGAUCACUCUCACCCCCGAGGAGGUCCAAUCACAGGGAAUCACUGUCACUCAUGAGCAGGUGCUGGAGAUCACUCUCACCCCUGAGCAGACCCAGGCCCAGGGGGUCACAUUCAACCCUCAGCAGGCCCAGGAGAUCAGUCUCACCUCUAAGCAGGUCCAGGACCAGGGGAUCACACUCACCCCUCAGCAGGCCCCGGGGGUCACUCUCACCCCUCAACAGGCCCAGGCCCAGGCGAUCACUCUUACUCCUCAGCAGGCCCAGGCCCAGGGGAUCACUCUUACUCCUCAGCAGGACCAGGCCCAGGGGGUCACUCUCACCCCUGAGCAGGCCCAGACCCUGGGAAUCACACUAACUCCUCAGCAGGUCAAGGCCCACGGGGUCACUCUUACUCCUCAGCAGGCCCAGGCCCUGGGGAUCACCCUUACUCCUCAGCAGGCCCAGGCCCAUGGGGUCACUCUCACCCCUCAGCAGGCCCAGGCCCAGGGAAUCACUGUCACCCCUCGGCAGGCUCAGGCCCAGGGGAUCACUCUUACUCCUCAGCAGGACCAGGCCCAGGGGGUCACUCUCACCCCUGAGCAGGCCCAGACCCUGGGAAUCACACUAACUCCUCAGCAGGUCAAGGCCCAGGGGAUCAGUCUCACCCCAGAGCAGGCCCAGGCCCAGGGGGUCACUCUUACUCCUCAGCAGGCCCAGGCCCACGGGGUCACUCUUACUCCUCAGCAGGCCCAGGCCCUGGGGAUCACCCUUACUCCUCAGCAGGCCCAGGCCCAUGGGGUCACUCUCACCCCUCAGCAGGCCCAGGCCCAGGGAAUCACUGUCACCCCUCGGCAGGCUCAGGCCCAGGGGAUCACUCUCACCCCUGAGCAGGCCCAGGCCCAGGGGGUCACUCUCACCCCUGAGCAGGCCCAGGCCCAGGGGGCCACUCUCACCCCUCAGCAGGCUCAGGCCCAGGGAAUCACUGUCACCCCUCAGCAGGCCCUGGCCCAAGGGGUCACUCUCACCCCUCAGCAGGCCCAGGCCCUGGGAAUCACACUCACCCCUGAGCAGGCCCAUGCCCUGGGGGUCACUCUCACCCCUCAACAGGCUCAGGCCCUGGGGAUCACUCUUACUCCUCAGCAGGCUCAGGCCCAGGGGAUCACUCUCACCCCUCAGCAGGCUCAGGCCCUGGGAAUCACACUCACCCCUGAGCAGGUCCAGGCCCAGGGGAUUAGUCUCACCCCUAAGCAGGCCCAGGACCAAGGGAUCACACCCUUCCCUCAGCAGGCCCUAGGGAUCACUCUCACCCCUGAGCAGGCCGAGGCCCAGGGGGUCACUCUCACCCCUCAACAGGCCCAGGCCCUGGGGAUCACUCUUACUCCUCAGCAGGCUCAGGCCCAGGGGAUCACUCUCACCCCUCAGCAGGCUCAGGCCCUGGGAACCACACUCACCCCUGAGCAGGUCCAGGCCCAGGGGAUUAGUCUCACCCCUAAGCAGGCCCAGGACCAAGGGAUCACACUCAUCCCUCAGCAGGCCCUGGGGAUCACUCUCACCCCUGAGCAGGCUGAGGCCCAGGGGGUCACUCUCACCCCUCAACAGGCCCAGGCCCUGGGGAUCACUCUUACUCCUCAGCAGGCUCAGGCCCAGGGGAUCACUCUCACCCCUCAGCAGGCUCAGGCCCUGGGAAUCACACUCACCCCUGAGCAGGUCCAGGUCCAGGGGAUCAGUCUCACCCCUAAGCAGGCCCAGGACCAAGGGAUCACACCCUUCCCUCAGCAGGCCCUGGGGAUUACUCUCACCCCUGAGCAGGCCGAGCCCCAGGGGGUCACUCUCACCCCUCAACAGGCCCAGGCCCUGGGGAUCACUCUUACUCCUCAGCAGGCUCAAGCCCAGGGGAUCACUCUCACCCCUCAGCAGGCUCAGGCCCUGGGAAUCACACUCAUCCCUCAGCAGGCCCUGGGGAUCACUCUCACCCCUGAGCAGGCUGAGGCCCAGGGGGUCACUCUCACCCCUCAACAGGCCCAGGCCCUGGGGAUCACUCUUACUCCUCAGCAGGCUCAGGCCCAGGGGAUCACUCUCACCCCUCAGCAGGCUCAGGCCCUGGGAAUCACACUCACCCCUGAGCAGGUCCAGGUCCAGGGGAUUAGUCUCACCCCUAAGCAGGCCCAGGACCAAGGGAUCACACUCAUCCCUCAGCAGGCCCUGGGGAUCACUCUCACCCCUGAGCAGGCUGAGGCCCAGGGGGUCACUCUCACCCCUCAACAGGCCCAGGCCCUGGGGAUCACUCUUACUCCUCAGCAGGCUCAGGCCCAGGGGAUCACUCUCACCCCUCAGCAGGCUCAGGCCCUGGGAAUCACACUCACCCCUGAGCAGGUCCAGGCCCAGGGGAUUAGUCUCACCCCUAAGCAGGCCCAGGCCCUGGGGAUCACUCUUACUCCUCAGCAGGCUCAGGCCCAGGGGAUCACUCUCACCCCUCAGCAGGCUCAGGCCCUGGGAAUCACACUCACCCCUGAGCAGGUCCAGGUCCAGGGGAUCAGUCUCACCCCUAAGCAGGCCCAGGACCAAGGGAUCACACUCAUCCCUCAGCAGGCCCUGGGGAUCACUCUCACCCCUGAGCAGGCUGAGGCCCAGGGGGUCACUCUCACUCCUCAGCAGGCUCAGGCCCAGGGGAUCACUCUCACCCCUCAGCAGGUCCAAGCUCUGGGAAUCAUACUUACCCCUCAGCAGGCCCAGGCCCAGGGGAUAACUCUGCUCCCUGAGCAGGCCCAGGUCCCAGAGAUCACUGAGACCCCUCAGCAGGCCCAGGUUCUGGGGAUCAGUCUCACCCCUAAGCAGGCCCAGGACCAGGGGAUCACACUCUCCCCUCAGCAGGCCCCAGCCCAGGGACUCAUAAUCACCCCUGAGCAGGCCCAGGCCCAGGGGGUCACUGUCACCCCUCAGCAGGCCCAGGGGAUCACUCUGACCCCUGAGCAGGCCCAGCCCCAGGAGAUAAUUCUGACCCCCGAGCAGACCCAGGCCCUGGGGAUCACUCUAACCCCCCAGCAGGCCCAGGCCCAGGUGAUGACUCUCAUCCCUCAGCAGGCCCAGGCCCGAGGACUCACUCUCACCCCUCAGGAGGCCCAGGGGCUCAUUCUCACCCCUCAGCAGGCCCAGGCCCAAGGGCUCACUCUCACCCCUGAGCAGGCCCAGGCCCAGGGGGUUACUCUCACCCCUCAGCAGGGCCAGGGGGUCACUCUCACCCCUCAACAGGCCCAGGUCCAGGGGAUUCCUCUUACCCCUCAGCAGGCCCAGGGGAUCACUCUCACCCCUCAGCAGGGCCAAGGGUUCAUUCUCACCCCUCAGCAGGCCCAAGCCCAGGGGAUCACUCUCACCCCUCAGCAGGCCGGAACCCAAGGGAUCACCCUUACCCCUCAGCAGGCCCAGGGGAUCACUCUCACCCCUCAGCAGACCCAAGCCCAGGAGAUCCCUCUCACCCCUUACCAGGCCCGGACCCAGGGGAUUACAAUCAUCCCUGAUCAGGCCCAGGUCAUGGAGGUCACUCUCACCCCUCAGCAGGCCCAGUUGAUCACUCUGACCCCUGAUCAGUCUCAGGCUCAAGCCCAGGGGAUCACUCUCACUUCUGAGCAGGUCCAGCCCCGGGGGAUCACUCUCACCCCUGAGCAGGCCCAGGCCCUAGGGAUCACACUCACCCCUGAGCAGGCCCAGGCCCAGGGGAUCACACUCACUGCUGAGCAGGCCCAGGCCAUUGGGAUCACUCUUACUCCUCAGGGCCAAUGGGUCACUCUCACCCCUCAACAGAGGCAGGCUCAGGGGACCACACUCAUCACUGAGCAGGUGCAGGCCCAGGGAAUCACUCUUACCCCUCAGCAGAGUCAGGCACUGGGGAUACCUCUCAGCUCUCGCCAGGUCCAGAAACCGGGAAUCACUCUUACUCCCAAGGGAGCACCAACACUCAGAAUCACUGUCCCUCCUCAGCAGUCACAGACACGGGGCGUAUCUGACUCCUCAGAGCAGUUCACUCCUGAACAAGUUCAGACAUUGGGGCCUCCUCUUACUUCUGAUCUGACUCAGUCAAUGGAGGUCUCUCUUACCCCUAAGCAUACCCAGUUAAUGCGAGACCUUCUUAUUCGAGAACAGGCACCACAGGAACCAGUGUUCACUCGCACUUCUGAGAAAUCCGAGAUUUUGGGUAUCACACUUAGUCAUGAGCAAGCCCAGGCAGUGGGUACCUCCCUCACCCCUGAGCACACACAAGCAUUGAGGGUCCCUCUCACCCUUGACCAGGCUCAGGCAUUACAGUCCCCUCUCACUUUAGAACAGACAUGGAAAUUGGGUGUUCCUAUCACUCCAGAAGUGGUUCAAGAAGUAUCAAGCACUCUUACUUCUAAGCAGAUGCAAGCACGGAGAGUGCCUUCCUCUCAUGAGCAGGCUCAGGCAUUUGGCACUCCUUUCACUCCAGAUCAGGCCCAGGCAUGGGGAAUUCCCCCCACUCCAGAAAAUGCUUUGGCAUCAGUUGUCACUCUUACCCCUGAACAGAUCCGGACUUUGGGACUCCCUCUCACUUCAGAUAAAUCCCAUGCCUUAGACUUUUCCCUCAGAUCUGAGCAAGUUCAACCAUUGGGAGUCCCAUUUGCGCCAGAACAGACUCAGCCUAUGGGUAGUCUUAUGUCUGAGCAGCACCUAAAGUCGAGACCACCCCUCAUUGAUGAGCAAUUCUUACAACCCUGGGUCCCUUCAAUUCUUCAACCAUUUAAAGAAUCAAAGACUUCUCUCCCAGCUAGGCAUCCCAGUCCAUCAAGUCCUGGGCAGGCCCUGGCAUCAUCUGCUCCUAUUGCUGAGAAACCCUCUAGAUUUGAGGUCUCUACUACUACUUUGCAGGCGUCAGGGUUUCCUCUUCCCCAAGCCCCCUUUGAUCCUGGGAAAUUACAAGGAACUAGGAUUCCUUCUGAUUCUGGGAAGCUUCUGGGGCCACAGACUUUCCCUUUCUCUGGACAGACCCUGGUUUCUAAAGGCCAACCCACAUCUUUGCAAGCUCCCAGUACCGGGAAGCUCCCUAAACCAGGAGUCCCUCAAACUCCAGAGAAGCCCCUUGUACUAGAGUCCCUUAAGUCUAGGCAGUUCCUCUUAUCUAAGGAUACCCUGACUCCCCAGCCACCUCUGAUAUCAAAGGUUCCUCUUGUCCCUGGCCAGUCCUUCAUAUCUGGAGUCCAACCCACCUCUAAACAAGUUCCUGGUCUCUGGUCUUCUCUCUCUCCUAGGCAGCCCUUUGUUCCUGGGGCUUCUUCCAUUGCUAAGGAGCUCCUAGAAUCUGAAACCUUAACCCUCUCUGAGCAGCUUCAGGCAUUUCAGCCCUCUAUCACCUCUGAGCAAUUUCCCUAUAUACAACCCUCUUCCACCCUUGGGCAGCAUCAGUUACCAUGGACUCUUUCUGGUCAAGCUUCCCCGCUAUGGAUCCCUCCCAUUCCUGGGCAUGCCCCAACAAUAGGGGCCCCUGUACCCCCUGGAAAGCCCAAGAAAAGUCUGUCCUCUAAUAUCCCUCAGAGAAGUAAAAGAUUGGCUAUUUCUUCUCUGACAUCUAAAUCAGCACUUGUCCACCCCAUUGCUACAAAAUUUAAGGCACCUCAAGCCCCCUCCAUCAUUAAGAAGUUGCCAAUGUCAGAGGUCUCUGACACUCCUGCAGAAAUCCAAAGACUCGCUGAUCCUUUUACCAUGGAACGAUUUAAAACACUUCAGUCCUCUGUCACUAGUUAUAAGAUACCAGUAUCACAAACCCCUUACAUUGAUGGUGAGGUUCGUCUCACUCUCAGGAAGUCUAUAACAUCGUUACCUUCUCUGACUACUCAACUACCCCAAAUCUCACCUUCUGAAUUGGACCAAAAAUCCCGAUUUCCCCCUAUAGACAAGUCCUGGAUACUGACAUCAGUUUUAGGCACCAAGAAACCCAAAGUAAUGGUGCCCCCUUCCUCUCCCCAAGAACUCAAAGAACAGAGAUAUUUUGUUGAUGUGGAGGCUCAGAGGAAAAACCUGAUACUCUUAAAUGAGGCCAUGAAAGCGUCUGGACUCUCUUCACAACUAUAUACAACAGCUGAGAAUCUCAUAAUUGAGACACUUCAUACGGACAAAAUUCGGUUGGGAUACAUAUUCAACAAGUACAUUGCCUAUAGGCUGAUCCAGCGUGCAAGAAACAACAUAAUCAAAAGAAUACAGGCUAUCCAAAACACUGGGAAAGGUUAUGAAACUCAGAACCUCUAUGUAAUGCUGAGUAGAAUUGAUGACUACCAGAAAAAGGUGAUGCAUACCUGGACCAGGAAGCAGAAAGCUCUAGAGCAGAAACGGAAUCAGUGCCUGAGGAAAAUGACACACUUAUUUAGCAAGCUCCAAGAGACAUACCACUUAAAUCUUAGUCAACCUAUCCCCCUGAUCAUCGACAAAAAACAGGUACCUGCAUCUACCAAAUUUGUUCAACAGCCCUUCCUACAGCUACUAAUGGAAGAGGACAGAAAAUCUGACAUAUUCAAGAAAUUUAGACAAGAAGACCAGAUGGAAGCCAUCUGGAACGCUGAUCUGUCUACUUCAAGUUACCCAAUAACAGAGAAGACAGCAAUACAUUCACUCUGGGCCCAGCUGGGUGGGUACCCAGGUAUUCCUAUGCUGCUCCAGUUAGACGUUCAGUCUACCUUCAGAAAAUCUCUUGCAUCCAUUCAAUCACAGUUUAAGAAGAUUCCCAAGUGACUGCAAAAUUAAACACAAGCACACUGAAAGUAAAUUUUAAUAUUUCAA